GACGUCAUUACAGAAGAAUACAGUACAACUUAGUGCCUCGCGACAAAGAUGAGAAGCGGUGAGCGAAAUAGCGGGCACUAAGUCAGCUGAUUAGAGCUUUUGUUCACACGGCUCUAUGUGUCUCGAACUUAUACAAAAAUAUUAGUUAUCUCGCGUGCUCCAUAAAUGAGGAAAAGGUUACAUUUCGACAAUGUGGAUUCAGUCGCUAUUUCUUGUUCUUAUGUGUUUUGUUGGUCUGCGCCAUCUUGCCCAAGUUGUAAUUUAUCCAGAAGAUCCGUACAGUGACGUCAUAUCCCACCCGGACUUUCGACCAACUCCAGAAACACCCUGCUAUCUCAGUGUAGAUCAGAUGAUAGGCAAUACGUCCAUGUUUUUCACAGGAGGUAGCGUGAUUGACCUUGACCUUGAGGACGAGAGUUCGACCACCCUGGUUGAGCUGGACAUGCACGUCCCCAACGCUCGCCUACCUUACCUGUACGAGAGAAAAAAGAAGUCCCGCACAAAACGAAAAGCCGUCAGCAGACAAGAUUACAGGUGGCCAGGUGGUAUUAUUCCAUACGAAUUUGUGACCAAAGAUUUUA